AUGAAUUGGAUAGAUGAUAUUCCAGUUUGCCCAUCAACUGGCAUAGGAACUGUAACGAAUGAACGAAUUGCUCCUGACGGAAUAUCUUCUUGCCACGAGCACGAGUAUGACGACUGCAGUUUCAGGUUGCAUUAUGGAAACGGUAGCUAUCUUUAUGGUGUUUUCGAUGGUCACGACGGUAAACGCGCUGCCGUUUUCGCAUCGCAGAGAUUCCCGGCUGAAAUACUCUUGGAGCAAAGGAUUAGCCGUGGUAUUUCAAGUUGUGAUGUGGUUAAUGUUUUAGUGGAUGCAUUUAAUUCAGUGGAACGAGGAUUCUUUGAAUCCAUAUCCGAUCUAUUAACCGAACGGAUAGAACUGUUGCAAAGUUUACCCACGACCAUGAAUGAUUACGAAGUAUUCAAGAAAUACCCUAAAAAAGUGGAACGUUUACAACAGCUCCAAGAAUUAAUCAGCGGCGGUGCUGCUGCGGUAAUCGCGCUGAUCCAUGAAGACAACCUUUAUGUUGCCAGCGUGGGUGAUGCAAGGGCAUUGUUAUGCUACCGAACUGAAGGAAGUGAUUUCGAAGUUCAGCAGCUCAGCAUUGAUCAUACAGUUAGUAAUAAAGACGAAGCUUCGCGCUUGCGAUCAUUGGGUAUCGACAUAAAUCGAUUGACGAGUUCUGGAGUUCUUGGUAGCCAUAAUAAUACACGAACUAUUGGCGAUUAUUACUUGAAGGGUGGCUAUAAGGAGAGCGAUAUUUUGAGCGUGUCAUUGAGUGAACCAAUUACAGCAAAACCAGACAUUCGAGGUGGUUAUCCUAUAAAUUAUGACUCUUGGCAUUUUUUGGUUCUUAUGUCGUCUGGAAUAUACAAAGUACUGGAAGCACAUUCGAAUAUUACAGAUCCAAAUAUUUAUAUUGCAAAACUAAUUUGGAGUAAAUUGGAAAGAGGAAAAGACAUUAAUGACGUCUCUCAACAGGUUGUAAACGAAAUAUGCCGAACUCACAGGGCAUGUUUUAAUGAUCAACGUAGCAAUUGUUGGUAUCAUGAGGAUAUGACGUUGUUGGUACGAUCAUUUGGUCAC